AUGGAGCCAUCAUUGCAUCAAGUCUGGGAGAGUGCCUCUGGCAAUCCCUUCGAACCUACAAUCGGAAAAGGCAGCCAGUUCCUCGUCGGCUUCACCUUAUUGACUGCUGGUCUUCUUCUCAGUGGACUUUUCGGCCUGAAUCGAUCGUUACUCAACAUCCCAUUGAUUGGAAUCCCAGCUUCGUUAACAAUUGCCUUCGGUGCGGUCUAUAUGAUUUGUGCGGUCGGUGUCUACGUGUAG